AUGCAUAUUCUUGAAAAAGAUCUUUUGAAUAUUAAAGGGUUAAGUAUACCCGAGGAAGAAUUGAGUUAUAUUCUUCAUUCACAGAACUUGAAAGCCGCAUUUAUUAUGUUCCAUUAUGAUAAAGAUUCAAUCAUUCCAUGGUGUGGCGUUUUUCCUCAAAUUAAUGAACUUUUUGUUGGCCAUGUAGUUGAUAUAGCUAAAGUUGAUGAUGAAUGUCAGAAUAUUCUCCAUUAUGCAGCUAUUUACAACAACUAUAAAUUAUUCAAAUAUUUAUUCAAUUCUAAUGGAAAGUUUAUAUUAGCAUUAAAUGCUCAAAAUAAAUGUAAACAACGUCCAAUUAAUUUAGCAGCAGAAAAGAAUUGUUUGGGAGUAAUCGCAAUUCUUAUUGCUCUUGGUGUAGAUGUAGAUUCUCCAGAAAGUCAUUAUAUCACUCCUCUUAUGUUGGCUGCAGAACAUAACUCUAAAGAAGUAGCAGAAUUACUUCUUCAAUAUGGAGCAGAUGUUAAUGCAAAACAUAAAUUCGGAAAAUCACCUAUUCAUUAUGCAGCAGAACAUAAUAGCAUUGAAACUGCAAAAUUACUUAUUUCACACGGAGCCAUGGUCAAUGAUAAGGAUUAUGGGGACGAAGCUCCUCUGGCUUUGGCAGCUAGAAUAAAUAGUAAAGAAAUUAUGCAAAUUCUUAUUGCAAAUGGUGCUUUGCUCAAUAAUCAAGAUGUUAAUAAGCAAACUGCUCUUCAUACUGCUGCAUUUCAUAAUUGUAAAGAAGCUACAGAAAUUCUUCUUUCACAUGGUGCCAAAAUGCAUUUGAAAAUGAUUGAUGGAGAGAGUCCUCUUCAUUAUGCAUCUUACGAACAAAGCCUUGAUACAAUGGAACUACUUAUAUCAUAUGGAGCAUAUAUAGAUGCUCCUGAUAAUAAAGGAGAUACUCCUCUUCACUGUUCAGUUGAUAGGAAUAAUAAAGAAUCCGUGAAAUUUCUUAUUUCACAUGGCGCCAAUAUCAAUGCAAAAAAUAAAAAGGGAAGAACACCUCUUCAUUUAGCAGCCAUGUCGAACAAAAAAGAAAUAGUAGAACUUCUUUUAUCUCUAGGUGCAGAUAUCAAUGCAAAAGAUAAAAAGGGAAGGAAUGCACUUCAUUUGGCAGCAAUGAAAGAUAACGUAGAAAUUGUAAAAUUCUUUAUAUCUAAUGGCUUAGAUAUCAAUUCUAAAGAUUUCAGAGGGGAAACUGCUCUUGAUUUAGCUAAAAGAAAAUGGGCCUUCAAAACAAAGUCUUUUCUUAAGGAACAAUUAGGGAUCGUAGAUUGA